GCCGCGCUCUCGGACCGCGCUCUCCCUCUCGCGGGCCGACUAUGCCGCCUUCCCAGCGCGGCGGAGCGCACGGCCGGCCGCCCCGAAGGUGCAGCAGCAGCAGCGGCGGCGGCGGCGGGAGCAGCAGCAGCGGCGGGAGCAGCAGCAGCAGCAGCAGCCGCCGCCGCUUCUCCUCCUCCUCCUCCAAAAUGCCAGGCGCGUCCCUCGGGCUGGAAGCAUGAGCCUGCCUUUCUCCAGCUGCCACCACCACCACCUCCUCCUCCUCCUCUUGCUUAGCCACUUGAUCCUCCUGGCUCUGGCGUACCCGCGGCCCCCUGUGGCGCAAUUUGGAGAGGCCGAGCACCACAACGGCGGCAGCAGCAGCAGCAGCAGCAGCAAUCUUGGAAAUCGCCCCGCCACUUCGUCUCUCUCCUCCUCUUCCUCUUCCUCCUCCUCUUCUUCUUCUUCUUCCUCCUCCUCCUCCUCCUUUCCAGCACCUUCCUCUUAUUCCUCCCCCUCCGUCGGAGUUCAAAACGGCGGCGCGGAGAUGAGCAGUUUUAAGUGGAGUCCCUCCGGACGUCGAACGGGCAGCCUCUACUGCAGGGUGGGCAUCGGUUUCCACCUCCAGAUCCACCCGGAUGGGCAGGUCAACGGCUCUCACCAAGACAGCCUCUUAACUGGAGGAGCUCAGCAGAUGUUCCAGUUCUUGCUGGGUAUUUUGGAAAUAUUCGCUGUGUCUCAGGGGAUAGUAGGAAUACGCGGAGUUUUCAGCAACAAAUUUUUAGCCAUGUCGAAAAAAGGAAAACUGCAUGCAAGUGCCAAAUUCACCGAUGACUGCAAGUUCAGGGAGCGGUUUCAAGAAAACAGCUAUAACACCUACUCCUCGGCGGUUCACCGGACGGGCAAAACCGGAAGAGAGUGGUACGUGGCUUUGAAUAAGCGAGGGAAAGCCAAGCGUGGGUGCAGCCCACGAGUAAAACCCCAGCACGUCUCCACUCAUUUCCUUCCCCGGUUCAAACAAACCGAACCACCAGAACUUUCUUUUACAGUAGCCGUCCCUGAGAAGAGAAGACCACCGGUGGUGGCUCUUCCAGCCAAGCCCAAAAUUCCUCAGAAGAAACCCAUCAAGUACAGACUCAAGUUUCGCUUUGGGUAGCAAUUCCUUGUUAAUUCUCAAACGAAGAAACAAUCUUCUUUACUCAGGAACUGCCUCCAAGCAGUGUCAUGGUGCAGAAAGACAGACCGUGAUCUGUGAUAUACCUUCAUCUCCAUUCUCGGAUCUCAUUUGAGGCCUAAGCUACAAGUCGAACCACUUUGGGGAAGAGAGUUAAAAAAGAAAGAAAGAAAGACAUGGAAUCCUUCGGCUAAGCUAAGGAGGAAAGCACCAAAGGAAUUCAGAUCCAGAAGGAAGCCUUAAUUUGCCAUCCCAUCUCUUUCUGCUUUCCAAUCCUUUGACCACAGAUUGUCUUCUGCUGGCUUUAAAUGGCUGAACUGCUGUGUGUAAAAUAACUUUUCCGAGAUGUGAAAGAUUACCUCAUACGUUGAGUCUGUUCUCUUUUUUUAUCACUUCUAUCUGGUUUUUAAUUGCUUUAGUUCUGUACUUUUUUGUCUUGUAAGUUCAGGGGAAAGAGGCGAAGACGGUGGCUCGUGUCAUGUUCUCUGCACGUAUGUGUUUCUCUGUCCCGUCACUUUUUUUUUUCCUGCACUUUUAAGAACAUGUUUGAAAAUACCUCAAAUGACGAUUAUCAGUGGAUUUGCUCAGCUCAUUCCUCUGGUGAUCUAAACUGUUGGAAUCUGGGAAGGAGGAAAGGAAAAUGUAAUAAAUUGACCAGGAUGGAAUGGUCUGAUGUGAAAUUACAAGGACAAUACAGGUAGACCUUGACUUAUAACAGUUCAUUUACUGAUGUUACAACGGCAGUGAAAAAAAGUGACCAUUGUAGCAUCCCCACGGUCACAUGAUCAAAUUUUAGACG